CACAAUGAAAGCAUGAUGCGCCACUCUGGUAUCAAACCACCGACCACCAAGCCGAAGAUGGCCACCACCGUUGACGACGACACCUGCGAUCACACCCAGACCCACGUAGUCGACUCGGAGGGCGAGAUUACUAUCGACGGCGUCCCGAUCAACGAACACUCUCUGGACUCCAACCUCCCCUCAGGACCGCAGUGCACGUCGCUGCUCAUCCGCGCUACUAUCAACAAUUACACGGCGCGGUUGUGUCUGCCAGGAUGGUUAGAUAGUUUCAAGCUUGGCACGGUGCUGGCGUUGGCAAGGAAAUUGAGCAAAUACAAGAUGCAAAUUCUGGGGCAUAGCACUUUCGACAUGCAGGUUGCGGUUUUACAAUUGGAGGCGAGGUUGCAAGCACUGAUCGACCUAUUCAAGGCAGUGAAAGCGUGGCUCGGGGCUCAAGACGAAGCGCUCCUUGCCGAGUGCAUGCCGCACUUCUCCAUCGUCCUGGGCUUCAUGGAUGCGAAAGAUACCACCAUGGCCGAGGACGCGUGCACCGUCUACGCUUACGCUACUUCCCAGUCGACGGCGCGGUACUACGGAAGCGUCCAGCGUGCCUUGAAGAUGAUGCCGUCCGAUUUCUUCUCUCGCUUGUCGUCCAUGAGCAGCAUGGGGCAUGACGUCCCAGAUGCCAGCGCGGAGGAAGGGCCCCCCCCCAGGCAGAUGCGCCAGCAGGCGAAGCCGAAGUUCUUGAAGUUGCAGAUGGGGGCCGAGCUUUUGAAGGACAGUGCGAAGACUACAGGGGUCGCCGGCGACUUCCACAGCAUCCUGAAGAUAUGGAACGAAAAGCUCGUGAAGAAAACAUCCCGCGAUCUCGAGGCAACGUUCACUAAUGUGUUGCCCGCCAUCCACGUCAUCGCGCAGUGUAGCUUGCCCCUGGAGAGAUCAAGACCGAUCAUGGUCAGCUACGUGGCGCCGAAGAUGCUCAUGGAGAUCCCCAGGCUCCACGUCCAGCAGAGCGCCGAGGACUCCACUGCUACCUCGAGCUUCACCCGCGCCCUGCAGCACUUCGAGAAGACCUCCGGCGCGGCGUUCAAUGAUAUCGAGCCCUGGCGGGAUACAUUGAUGGGGCAGUGCGACGGGAACCUGAACAUCGUGAAGGUGCGGGACCUCUCGAUCCACGCCUUCUGGGAUGCGAUCGGCAAGAAGCUGGACAACUGGAAGACUCUCCUGACGGACUACCGCUCCGUGAACGACGCGCUCCAGAACGCCGCGGACGCGACUGAGCAAGACCGAGAGCACUGGGAAGAUCAGCUUCGACCUGUGACCUGCGACCUCAAGGAUAUCGAGGGCAAGUUGGACGAGUACCAGAAUAGCCUGACUGCGUGCGCGGACCUCCUCGCGGACAUGCACAACCGCUGGUGGGGCUGCAUGAUGGCCUUCUUGUCUCGUGCAGGCAGCAAGGCCAGCGGAAAGUUCGACGAGGCGGAUCUUUCGAAGGUUUAUUUCGAGCUUGUCCUCGAGAACACUGCGAUUCAGCUCAAGGACUUCACGGGGCACAUCAAGCUGGCCAUUGCGCGGAUGGCAUUCAUCAGCAUGGCGCAGCUCAGGAAGGAUAUUAAUUUGAUGGGAACGCGGUGCUUCAGGAUCGCCAAGUGCACGGUGACAGAGGAGAGCGUGGUCAAGGAGGUGAUCGAGCAGAUGCAGUCCUUCAUCGGUAAUCUUGGCGACUGGGGACUUGGAACGAUGGUCGAUACGUGUGGCGUCGAGGGCUCAUGGGCGGGCAUCCCCGGUGAUGGCAUCUACCAUCGUGGUGCUGAUCAACUGGUGGAGUCGGCGAUGGCGAGCGUCGAGCUAGCACCGAGGUUCACGGCAAGUGAGAUCCAUAAGGAGGUGAUCUCUGGGGCCAGGGCCCCGUCGAUCUUCCAGGUGCUCUUUCGCGACGUGACCAGCCUCGACUACCUUCGCAUCCAAGAGUUGUCAUUUGGCGCUGAGGUUGGCACAGACCAGUUUGCGAAGCUUGCGCGCAACGUGGCCCAGAAGAGCUUGAUAGACUUCGCCAAUGCCAGCAGCUUGAGUACGAUCCCCAUGCCUACUUGCGUCUGCCUGAGGGACGAUAAUGUGAAGGACAUGCCGCAAGCAGAUGCGUUGGUGCUCAUUGAGCUUUCCAACAAGACGAGGGACCUCUCCGCGUGCUGCGCUUCGCUCCAAGGAAUGUUGUUCAAGAACGUGGCUGGAAUGGAAACAAUGGCCAUCGAUGAAGACACGCUGCGCGAUGUCACGAUCUACUUCCAGGUCGCAGUCGCCAGCAACAUCGUGAAGCUCGACAAGGCGCUCAACUCUGAGGCGGCGCUGGCGCUGGAAGGGAAUGGAUGGGAGAUCCCGCUGGACCUUCAAUCUCUCCGCGGGCGGUUAAGCAACGUGGCGUGCUUCUGCAGAAAGGCGACCGACCAGCUGCUCGAGAUCACGGCUGGCCACCUGCAGGUCCUGGCAGACAAGUGCAAGGAGAGCAUCCCCCCAUCGGGGGCAGCUUUCAACCAGGGCAAGAUGGAUGUGGAAAUGGCGAGCCGCAUCUUCAGCGACACACUUGGGAAUGUCAUCCAACAGUACACUGCGCUCCACAAGUGCCUCAGCAGGACUUCAUCUGCAGGGCGGGUACUGAACGCCACGUCAGACGCGCAGAACAACGAGAUCACGUCGCAGGCGGUUGCCGUCGGCAUCGAGAUGCUGGCCAGGGGGGAACAAGCAAACCAGGCCGUGGUCAUGAUGAGGGGGGCGACCUUGCUGACGGAAGUCGGCAACAAACCAGAUGGCGGUGCCAAGGCUGAGGCGUUCUUGAAAAAGCACAGGAUUCCAAAGAACGACGCCAUUCUCGAGGCCUUCUGGAGUGAACUGGUUGCGCUGUCCCAUCAGUGCUGUUCUGGGGGAGCCGUUUCGGACGUUGGCGGCGAUAAAUAUGGUGGCGGUGAUGUGAAGUCUCAGAGUGGGUCGGUGUUCGGUGGCAGUUCUACGGCCACGCCAGCUCCGAAACAGAAGCAGGGUAGUAGCGCGGGCAGCGCGGCGAAGUACAAGGAUGUGAAAACUGAGUCUGCAGAGGAUGCGCUUUUCGACGAUGUCCCGCCAUACUCAAACCCAGAGGGCAGGGGGCACUGCUCCCGCAGCAAGCCGCAGACGACGGCCAGGAAAG